AUGGGGUGCAAUGCGCGAGCCACGGCGUUGCCUCUUCUGCUCGCGCUUCUAGCGGCGUCGGUGAUUGUCGCGCCAGCAACCGCGAGGGUUCUUGCUCCGCGAAGUCCGCGGCGAAGUCUCGCUCUCAAGGCCCUCUCGCUCCUCAAGGUGACAUCAAUCAAACCGACGCUGCUGGCUGUUAAUGAUUUGGGCGGCGGCUCUGGCGGAGAUCUGGGCGGAUCAGGCGGCGAUUUGAACGGCGGCAGCGGCGGCGAUUUGGGCGGCGGCUCUGGCGGAGACCUGGGCGGCGGCCCUGGCGGAGAUCUGGGCGGCGGCUCUGGCCCAGAUUUGGGCGGCGGCAGUGGUGGGGAUUUGGGCGGCGGCAGCGGCGGAGAUUUGGGCGGCGGCAGCGGCGGAGAUUUGGGCGGCGGCAGCGGCGGACCUGGCGGACAGCAGGGCGGACCCGGCGGGCAGCAGGGCGGACCCGGCGGGCAGCAGGGCGGUCCCGGCGGACAGCAGGGCGGUCCCGGAGGACAGGAGGGCGGUCCCGGUGGACAGCAGGGCGGCCCCAGCGGACAGCAGGGCGGUUCCGGCGGACAGCAGGGCGGCCCCGGCGGACAGCAAGGGGGUCCCGGCGGACAGCAGGGCGGUCCCGGCGGACAGCAGGGCGGUCCCGGCGGACAGCAGGGCGGGCCCGGCGGACAGCAAGGGGGUCCCGGCGGACAGCAAGGGGGUCCCGGCGGGCAGCAAGGCGGUCCCGGUGGACAGCAGGGUGGGCCCGGCGGACAGCAGGGCGGUCCCGGCGGACAGCAGGGCGGACCCGGCGGACAGCAGGGCGGACCUGGCGGACAGCAGGGCGGCAGCGGCGGAGAUUUUGUUGGCGGCAGCGGCGGAGAUUUGGGCGGCGGCAGCGGCGGAGAUUUGGGCGGCGGCAGCGGCGGGGAUUUGGGCGGCGGCAGCGGCGGACCUGGCGGGCAGCAGGGCGGAGCCGGCGGACAGCAGGGAGGUCCCGGCGGACAGCAAGGCGGGCAGCAGGGCGGGCAGCAAGGCGGACCUGGCGGGCAGCAAGGCGGGCAGCAGGGCGGACCUGGCGGGCAGCAGGGCGGACCUGGCGGGCAGCAGGGCGGACCUGGCGGGCAGCAGGGCGGACCUGGCGGGCAGCAGGGCGGACCUGGCGGGCAGCAGGGCGGACCCGGCGGGCAGCAGGGUGGACCCGGCGGGCAGCAGGGCGGACCUGGCGGGCAGCAGGGCGGACCUGGCGGGCAGCAGGGCGGGCAGCAGGGCGGACCUGGCGGGCAGCAGGGCGGGCAGCAGGGCGGACCUGGCGGGCAGCAGGGCGGGCAGCAGGGCGGACCUGGCGGGCAGCAGGGCGGGCAGCAGGGCGGACCUGGCGGGCAGCAGGGCGGGCAGCAGGGCGGACCUGGCGGGCAGCAGGGCGGGCAGCAGGGCGGACCUGGCGGGCAGCAGGGCGGGCAGCAGGGCGGACCUGGCGGGCAGCAGGGCGGGCAGCAGGGCGGACCUGGCGGGCAGCAGGGCGGGCAGCAGGGCGGACCUGGCGGGCAGCAGGGCGGGCAGCAGGGCGGACCUGGCGGGCAGCAGGGCGGACCUGGCGGGCAGCAGGGCGGACCUGGCGGGCAGCAGGGCGGGCAGCAGGGCGGGCCUGGUGGGCAGCAGGUCGGGCCUGGGGGACAGCGGGGGGGACCUGGCGCAGAUCAGGGGGGAUCUGGCGGGCAGCAAGGGGGUUCUGGCGCAGAUCAGGGGGGAUCUGGCGGGCAACAGGGGGGUUCUGGCGCAGAUCAGGGGGGAUCCGGCGGGGGAUCUGGCGGGAUUGCAACUGUUCAGAAUGUGGGAGACAGCACUUUCUCAAAGGUCGGUGUGAAGGCAGGAAAGGGGGCAAAGGGCGGCAAGGGUGGAAAGGGAGGGAAGGGGGGGAAGGGGGGCAAGGGCGGAAAGAAGUGA